AUUAUUGCUUUUAAUAAGCGAAAAAAAAGAAAAGGACUCAAACGAGCACAGACGCACGCACACACUCACAGUCUCUCACUUCAAACCCAAACCCAAACCGAAACUCGAAAACCCAUCUCACAGUCUUCCGCUUCAGAUCUACCAUGACGCCGCCACUGAAGGCCGUGACGUUGACGCACGUGCGCUACCAGAAGGGCGACCGCGUAGGGCACUUCCUGGCGUGGAUUUCCCUCGUCCCCGUCUUCAUCUCCUUCGGCGGCUUCGUCUCCCACUUCCUCUUCCGCCGCGAGCUCCAAGGCAUGUUCUUCGCGCUCGGCCUCAUCUUGUCGCAGUUCAUCAACGAAGUAAUCAAGACCUCCGUCCAGCAGGCACGGCCCGCCACCUGCGCACUCCUGGAGAUGUGCGACUCACACGGCUGGCCCUCCAGCCACUGCCAGUACAUGUUCUUCUUCGCCACUUAUCUCACUCUUCUCUCCCUCAAAGGUCUCACCUUCUGGCACGUGCGCGACAACCCUUUCCUCCACCUCCUCACGUGGUCCCUCGCGCUCCUCACCAUGUACUCUCGCGUCUACCUCGGUUACCACACUGUUGCUCAGGUCCUCGCCGGAACCGUGCUGGGGGUUUUUCUCGGCGCGGUUUGGUUCUGGGUUGUUAACUCCGUUUUGCACCCUUACUUUCCUCUUAUCGAAGAGAGCGCGUUUGGGAGAAGGCUCUAUGUGAAGGACACUUCUCAUAUUAGUAAUGUGUUGGAGUUUGAGUAUGAUAUGGCCAGGGCUGAGAGACGGAACUUGGCGUGUAAUUCUAAGGCGGAUUGAUUGGCACAUGGCUCCGAAUUUUUCUUUUAGGAUUUCUGUUCGUUGGUCUUUAUGGCAUUAUUAUUAUAGCUUUCUGCUCUGGAGCUCUCCACUAUAGAAGCCUAUUGGCUCAGUCACUCAAAUGGUAUCAAUGAAGAAAGCGGAAGAGCACAAUUACAUGAUACAAUGAUGUCUGUUAAAUAGAACUGUGUAAAGAUGGACGUGAUGCUAUAGAUAUAGAAAUGAAUAUUCUAUCUUGUUUACUUACAUGGAUUUUAAAAGAAGAUAUAUUGACACAAAUAUAGCUAACGGUUUAUUGAGAAUAUUGAUAAAUUUUUAAACA